AUGUCCCGUCAAGGUGCGCGGGGGGGGAAAGACUCGGAUAGUGAGUCUGAUUUCGACCUCGACGUGACGGAGGCUGGGCGAGCGACGCUGCCGGUGCAAGAGAAGGCGCCGGCGGCACCCGGCAACGGAACCGGGGACGCUGGUUCGGGCGUCCCCCUGUCGCCUCCUUCGGGAGGAGGCGACUUCGAUGGAAGCAGCAGCGGCAGCAGCAGUAGCAGCGACCGCAGAAGCAGCAGCAGCAGCAGCAGCAGCAGCAACAACAACAGCGACAGCAGCAGCAGCAACGCCGCCGGCGACGACGACGGCGGCGGCGGCACCAGCGGCAGUGAGCCUGGCGCCUCUGGAGGUGGCGGUGGCGGCGGCAGCGAACCCGGCGAAGACUCCGAGCAACUCGAGGAGUACAAGUUUGAUCCCGCCGACAGCCGCUACCCGCCGGGCCGCGAAGGGCGUCGGCUCCUCUGGGGCGCCUCGAAGGAAGGACCGCUGCGCCACGGGCUCGAGCGCGGCCGCACACGAAGGGAGACCCGGGAGCUGCAAGGCCCCGAGGAGCCGCCGGGUCCAGACGCCGAGCCAGACGCCGAGCAAGCGCUGCUGGCGGAGAUCAUCGUGGACUACGUUUCCAACUCGCUGGUGCGGGAGCGGUACGACGAGGAGCAGGUCAACAUCGAGUACCGGCGUGAGAUGCAUGAGCUGCCGUACGGCACCGAGCUGCAGGAGGAGGCGUUCGGUGCAGAGGCAGUGGACGACGGAUCAUCGCAACCUCUUCAUGUCCCGCAGCUAAGUGUCCCCUCGCCCUUCGGCCAGAAGCCAAGUGAUGUAGAGUGCGUGCCCUUGACGUACAAGGAUGUCCUUAACUCCAAGUACAAGGUGCUGUGGGAAGCAGCCAUAGCAAAGGAGUUCGACGGCCACAAGAAGACGGGGACGUUCUCCGAGAUUAGCGGUCUGCCCGAGGGGCGUAAGGCCAUCAGUGCGAAGUGGAUUUUCUCGCACAAGACCAAUGAGAAGGGGCUGAUUGUCGACUUCAAAGCACGUAUGGUUGCGCGUGGUUUUUCUCAGAUUCCCGGUGUGGAUUUUCACCACUCAUCAUCCGCAGUUCGAAUCCGCGGUGUCCAUCAAAACUAUGGUGGCCGUAUCCACCGAGAAUGGUAGGAGGCCUGUCCACUGGGACAUCAAGCAGGCGUACACACACGCCAAGCUGAAGGAAGAAAUCUACCUGAGGCUUCCAGACGGUUGUGGUGUUUGGACUGGCAAGGCGGUGAAAGUCGAGCGUGCUCUGUAUGGACUCAAGCAGAGUGGGCGCGAGUGGGGGUUUGAGGCUGCCGAUGCCCUGAUCUCAAACGGCUACGAGC